ACGCUCGAAAGGCAGAGAAAGGCUCACUGAAAAAGAAAAAAAAAAUAGCAUUUUGUGGCUGAUUUAAAAAAAAAUAUUAAAACACUGGCCUCCAUUUGUUCCGCAAUUUGAAACUUUAAAAGAAUGUCGAGCAGUCUGUGUUUUGUAUGAAUCCAUUCUUCAGCGGUGGUACUACAUGAUAAUUUGACAGCCUUUUGCAUAUUUUUGUAAAAAAUGGAAGGCCUUUGAUACAUUAUAUGCAAUCUUUUUUUUUUUUUUUGCUCCUGCAGAUUAUUAUUUUUUAUUAAUAUUAUUAAGAAACGAAACACGCGAAUCUGAAUGGAGGUUCUUCAAACAGAAGCCCCUUUUCUCUAAUUAUGAUUUCUUUGGCAAUUGAAUGGAAUGUUUGGUUGGACAGAAGGUUUUUUUUUUUUGGUGGUGGGGAGUCUUCAAUCCAGAACCGUUGCCAAGAAGAGGAAUAUUGUGUGAAUUUAAAUAGCCUGCUGAUGGAAAUGAUGGUACUAUGAAGUGGAAAAACGAUAGUAAAACGGGUUUAAACCCUGUGGGUUAAAAUUAGAGAUCAUAAAAAGAAACCAAUAAGGAAAAAAAAAACACAGGAAAGAAGAACAGAUAUUUUUGACUCUGGGGUGUGGAGGAAGAAAACAGCGGCAAACCUUGAAAAAUAAUGGAUAAAACGAUUGCUAAAGGGGUAAAACUGUCCAAUUAAGGACAACUGAAAAGUAUAGAGGGGAGUAAAUAUAAUGCGUACGAGAUAAUAAUAAAGAUGGAAAUGCGUAUGAAAUUGAAAGACUGAAAAAAAAAUGAACCGCUGUGGUUUUGAAUAGGUGCAUUUGCAGAAGAAGUCUCUGUUAUAUAUGCGCUGAAUGUUAUCAUAUACUUUAAUGUAAAAAAAAAAAAACGGAAAGGAAAUAUAUUUCCUGGUGGGGGAAAGAAACGGGAAGAUAAUAUAUUAUUCAUGAUCUCGGGAAGAAAAACGUGAGAGAUCAUUUCGCCUUUGGAGGUUAAAAGCAAAGGAUAGGAAGAUCCAAGUAAAAUAAUAAUAAUAAUAAUUUGAAAGAAAAAAACAACAACAUCAUCAAUAGCCAAGGUGAAAAAAAAGUGCAUUUGGAAAAACGUGCAUUGAAGCAUGGGCUGUGCUUCAAGCAUUCACAUCUCAGAAAGCAGGGUGGUCUAUCACAGUGGAAAAGAGUCAGAGGAUUCGAACUCACCCAACCAGACCAACACCACGGCGACUCAGUCUCAGCAACAGCAGCAAGGAAAUCCAGUCCCAGGAUUAUUUAUUAAAUCCUCGAGCACAUCCACAUACAAGGUGAGGGCUAAUUCCUUCAAGAAAGAGAGCAUUCAGAGCAUGGAGACCGGCAGAUCCAGUGUAAAGACAGCGUUUACAGAGGUGCAGUUCGGCCCAAUGAAGCUCCACGUGGAUCAACUUCAGGUACUUUUAGUAUUUGCCAAAGAAGAUAGCCAGAGCAAUGGAUUUUGCUGGGCAUGUGAGAAAGCUGGCUUCAGGUGUAACACUGCCAAGACACCCGAAUCUGCACUGGAGAGUUUUCUAGAGAAGCACCAUGACAUCAUCAUCAUUGAUCAUAGACACUCCAGAAGCUUCGAUGCGGAAGCACUGUGUCGGUCAAUUAGAGCAGCAACAUCUUCAGAAAAUACAGUCAUUGUUGCAGUAGUUAGAAGGCAGGAUCGAGAAGAUGCCUCUGUUAUGCCACUGGUUAACGCUGGAUUCAAUAGGAGAUACAUAGAAAAUACCAAUAUUAUGACCUGUUACAAUGAACUUCUUCAGUUGGAGCAUGGGGAAGUCAGGGCACAGUUCAAACUAAGGGCAUGCAAUGCUAUCUUCACAGCACUAGAGCAAAGUCAGGAAGCCAUUGAAAUCACAAGUGAAGAUCACGUGAUCCAGUAUGUAAACCCUGCCUAUGAAUCCAUUAUGGGAUACCAGCAAGGGGAACUUCUAGGGAAAGACAUUACAGAAGUGCCUAAAAGUGAGAACAACAAAGCUGACCUCCUUGACACCAUUAAUUCUUGUAUAAAGAUAGGAAAGGAGUGGCAAGGGAUUUAUUAUGCCAAAAAGAAAAAUGGAGAUAGCAUACAACAAAAUGUGAAGAUUACACCUGUUAUUGGACAGGGAGGAAAAAUUAGACACUAUGUGUCUAUUAAAAGGCCAUUACAUGACAACAAUAAGGCUGACAAAUCAAGUGAGCGUGUCCAGGCUGAAUCUCAGACAGAUAUCCAGUCUUGCAAGCACAAAGAAAGACGGAAAGGCUCGUUAGAUGUUAAGUCAACCACUUCACGGGGGAGUGAUGGCAGUUCACAGCGAAGGCACUCAUCUAUGGCCAGGAUCCAUUCCAUGACCAUUGAAGCGCCCAUCACUAAGGUAAUAAAUAUCAUCAAUGCUGCACAAGAAAGUAGCCCAAUGCCUGUAGCUGAAGCCUUAGACCGAGUGCUGGAGAUCCUGCGGACCACAGAGCUCUACUCCCCACAGUUUGGGGCUAAAGAUGAAGAUCCACAUACAAGCAACCUUGUUGGCGGUCUUAUGACAGAUGGUUUGCGGAGGUUAUCAGGGAAUGAAUACCUCUUAGCUACAAAACAUCCCCAUCAUAUCCCCAGUCAUCUGAUCACUCCACUGUCUCUCAAUGACAUCCCACCCCGCGUAGCCCAGACCAUGGAAAAUGAAGACUCCUGGGACUUUGAUAUUUGUAAGCUGGAGGGUGCAACAAUCAAAAGGCCUUUGGUUUAUCUUGGUCUCAAAGUAUUUUCUCGCUUUGGAGUCUGUGAAUUCUUAAACUGCUCUGAAGUAACUUUAAGGUCUUGGCUACAAGUGAUCGAAGCAAAUUAUCAUCAAACAAACUCCUAUCACAACUCCACGCACUCAGCCGAUGUACUGCAUGCAACAGCCUAUUUCCUUGGCAAAGAAAGGGUAAAGCAAAGUCUUGACCAGAUUGAUGAAGUAGCCGCCCUCAUCGCUGCCACUGUCCAUGACGUGGACCACCCCGGAAGGACAAACUCCUUCCUGUGCAAUGCAGGAAGUGAGCUGGCGAUUCUCUAUAAUGAUACAGCUGUGUUAGAGAGCCACCAUGCAGCGCUGGCUUUCCAACUCACCACACGAGACGAAAAGUGUAAUAUAUUUAAAAACAUGGAGAGAAAUGAAUAUCGAACACUCCGGCAAGCCAUCAUCGACAUGGUUCUGGCAACUGAAAUGACAAAGCACUUUGAGCACGUCAACAAAUUUGUGAACAGCAUUAACAAGCCUUUGGCAGCACUGGAAGAAAAUGGGGCAAAUGGGGAUGCCGAUUCUGUCAAAAGCAUCUUGACAUCGCCUGAAAACCGUAUUCUCGUCAAACGCAUGUUAAUAAAGUGUGCCGACAUCUCCAAUCCCUGUAGACCACUAGAGCUGUGUAUUGAGUGGGCAGGGCGCAUUUCAGAAGAAUACUUUGCACAGACUGAUGAAGAAAAAAGGCUUGGCCUCCCUGUGGUAAUGCCUGUUUUUGACAGAAACACAUGCAGCAUCCCCAAAUCACAGAUAUCCUUCAUUGAUUACUUCAUAACAGACAUGUUUGAUGCUUGGGACGAAUUUGCAGACCUGCCCAACCUAAUGCAACACCUGGAUAACAACUUCAAGUACUGGAAAGAACUGGAUGAAAAGAAGCUGCGGAGUCUUCGACCUCCACCUGAAUAACCAACCAGGCCCCUCCGACGACACAAUCAUUAACAUGAUGGGUGGCCACCUGAGACCUCCCUUGUUCAUGAAGAUACAGACUGUUUCUGUUAUGGCAAUAUCACAGUGAGACCAGACUAGGUGUACCUUAAAACUAUAGACUUAUCAUUAACUACAUAAAAACGUUUUUAAAAAACAAAACAAAAACAAAAGCAGCGUUUGCAACUGGUUCCUGCGGACUGUGACAAUCCUAAAGAUUUUAUGGUUCAGGUGACAUGGGAUUCCUAUUGUGUAUACCUGACGCGGUAUCGCCGGGCAAGCAUGCCAGGUGGAAAAACAAACAGACAGAAACAAGUGUUGUCCUGAAACAGGUUUCAAGACAGUAAUGAUGAAGGAAUGGAGGAAACUGUUGUUUAUGGGACUGCUGUGGCCUGAUACAAGGCUAGGACGACACAGUUUGAAGAAAUUACACUGAAAGAAGCCAUGAGUACUGUGUACAUACUGUACGUGUUAAGUUCACAUAAUUAGGUUUGCACUUUUUAAAGGUGCAAACACUUCUAAACUUGUGCUACACUCCUUCUUCAUUUUAAACUUCUCUGUUCUCACUGUUUCUCAUAAACAAGUCUACUGAACCACAUCUCCCAAGUCCCAAAGGAGCAGUUGGGUGCAGUCUGCGAAGAUGGGCAAUUAAUUGUAUAAAAGAAGGAGCUUUUUAAGCAUUCCAAACUUGAUCAUUAGCAUUUAUGAUUUAGACUUUUAUUGAUUUUAUUUAUUUUGUUAGAUGUUUAAUAUUUUCUAUGAAUUUAUAAAAACUGAAGAAGAAAAAAAGCCAAAGCUGACUUUUAAAAGCAUUACAGUUUUACACGAGUCAUAUCCAUACAUACACAUUUUAUUGAUGUAUAGACCUUUUAUUUUCAUAAUGAAAAUACUAAAUGACACCUUUCUAUUGCACUGUAAGAAUAGAUGCGUAUGUUUUAAUAUUUUGUCCAUUACUUGGGAUGAUGUCAUUAGGAAUAAGCUGUUUCCUCCUAAGGGAAUGGAAAAUGUAUGCAUACACACUGAAGCUGUGAUUAUCCCAGCCAUGAACUUUUUGGGUAACAUUGUAACCUUCCCAGGUCUCAAAAACAGGAGAACUAACUGUAAAACAUCCUCGGAAUUCAAAGAGUUUUCUCCCCAGAUAUUUUGUAUCAGAUAUCCUACGGAAAGACUGCCUUAUUUUAUACAAUAUUUAUACAAUACACCCGCAGUGUAAAUUAAAGGAAUAUUUGGAUUUUUUUUAAUCAUUUAGAGAAAAAAAAAUACUAUUUAAUGAAUCUCAAAAUUUUUAUAGUCUAUGUAUUUUCCACUAAAGAGAGGGGAAAAAGUGAACACAAGAUGUUUGUAAAGGUGUUUGACUAAAACAUUGGAAGGGCAUUUAAGAUACACAACUUAAAAUAAACAUAUGUAUAUUUUCAGGUGUUUCAGAAUGAAAAGGAGUCUAUUGGUACAAUAUAACAGCCUUGACGUUUAUUACCAAUUCUGAUUUUGACGAUUAUUCAUAUUUUAAUUUAUCUUAUAAUUAAUAAGAAUUCUUAUAUUUCCAAGUUUAA